UUUAGGCAACUGAUAAAACUAGUACCAGACCAGAGUUUACCCAAUCCAGUGAAGGUGAAAGCUGACAAGUAUAAGAUAGCUGAAGCCAGCUGGCAGGAGAUGCAGGAGAGAAUGAAGGUCUGGAACAGUCGUGUAGCAGUUCUCAGGGAAGCAGCUGAGGAAAAAAGAUAUCAAGAGAAAGAAGGGAGGUUACUGGGGAUAUUAGGACAGGAACAGGUCAUCAGUGAACAGUUCACAGAGGAAACCAUCAAAAGACUGAACAGAGAAAAGGAUGUGGGUUUCAUCACACCAGACAAUGUAGAGGAGAGAUUGUUAGCGAGCCUGGAGACGUCAGCUGAUUACGACUUCGCCAUCGACAGGGAUGGGGUCAGAGUCGUGGACGUCCAGAAAACGGAAUCCAAGAAGUCAAAAGAUGAAGAGAACACAGACUGACACAUUGACCAGUGUGUACACACAUACAGACAGACAAAGGGAAGACAGGCACACAGAUAAGAAUGUACACUCAUAGAGACGGACAAAGUGUGUCUAUACUGGGCAGUCUUUAUUUUGAGAUACCGAGGACAUUAUAUUUUCUUCUGUUGUUAGUCAUGAAGCCUUCUCAAUGAUCUUUUUUGCUGUACAUUGUUAUGACACAGUCAGACAACAGUCUUAAGCUACAAUGUUUUGCUGCUUAAGACCUGACAGAUUUCAUAUGUAUAUACUUCAUUACACUCAUUACAAAGACAAUGACAGAUUUUAUAAAUUUUCCAACCAAUUUUGUAUCUUUUUUGCUU